UUCAGAAAGGAAGUGAAACCAACCAGCAGACAGUUGGCAAUAUGGCCCAUUCUAUGCAAGUUGGAGACUUCUUAGAGGAGAUAAAUUGUUCGGUUUGCCUAGAACUGUUUAGUGAUCCGGUGAUAUUGGAGUGUGGACACAACUUCUGUAGGGCCUGCAUUGAUACAGUCUGGGAUAACGCUCAGAGUCUCUCCUGUCCUGAAUGUAGAGAUCCGUUCGCAGUCCGGAAAUACACAGUGAACCGAAUACUUGCUGCUUUGGUUGAGCGAGUCCGAAAGCAGGAACAAGUCCAGAAAGAUAAUAGAACAAACCCUAGGCAAAAUGUAGAGGAUCACGAUGAAGGCGUGAAACAAACGCUUUGUGUGGAACAUAAAGAAGAGCUGUAUUUGUUUUGUGAAGAAGAUGAAACAUUGGCCUGUUCCAUGUGUAUCCCUGAACAUUAUGGUCACCAUUUCUUACCACUACAGAAAGCUGUUGCAAACUAUCGGGAGCAGUUAAAUAGUGUGGUAUCAUCUCUUGAAUCCAUUUUAAAGAACAUUCAAACAGAAGAAAAGAUACAACAACACAAAAUCAAAUACAUAAAAGAAUGUGCGCAAAAUCUGGAGGGCCACAUUAGAUCAGAGUUCACCGUUCUACAUGAUUUUCUUUAUAAAAAGGAACAUCAGUUGAUCCAAGAACUCAAAGUGGAAACAUCAGGAAUUCUGGAAAAAAUGGAGAAAAACCUGAAAGAAAUGACAGACAGCAGCAAUGCUAUUCAGUGCCAGAUAUCUGCUGCUCAGUCAAAAUUGAACCAGCAGGUGUCUUUACUUUUCCUAAAGAUUUAUUGAAGCACAUAAAGAAAACGCUGCAGUAUCAUAUGAACUGGUGAAUGACAAUGUGAACUCUGGGGUUUACAAGUGCCCUUUACAGUACAAAUAUUGGAAGGAAAUGAAAAACAUCAUCCAUCCUGCACCAACUGAUGUGAGAUUAGAUUCAGAAACUGCACAUCCUGAACUUAUUGUGUUUGACGGUCAGUCUGCUGUGAAGUGGAAAGAAAAACACCCAGAAAAAAAGAAGCCUGAUAACCUCGAAUGUUUUGACACUAAACUGUUUGUGCUGGGCCCAUAUGGAUUCACAUCAGGGAGGCAUUCCUGGGAGGAGGUGGGCGACAAGAAGUCUGAUGACUUCGAACGUUUUGACACUAGACUUUUUGUGCUGGGCUCAGAUGGAUUCACAUCAGGGAGGCAUUGCUGGAAGGUUGAGGUGGGUGACAAAAGUGACUGGAUUCUGGGUGUAGCUAAGCAGUCAUGCAAAAGGAAGGGGAACUUUGAUAUAACUCAGAAGAAUGGAUUUUUAGUUUUGCUUAUGGAAAAUCAGGCUUUAUUUGUUUGCAACAAGGCAGUAAGAAUCGAUAGAUUCAUGAAAAUCUGUAAUGUCAUUGUUUACUUGGAUUAUGACGGUGGACAACUUUCUUUUUACAAUGCCAGUGACAUAUCUCACCUUUACACUUUCCACAAGACCUUCACUGAGAAACUCUUCCCUGUCUUCAGUCCUUGUGGUGCUGCCAAUGGUAAAAAUACAGCCCCUCUGAGGGUGCUACCUCAGAGAGAGUAUAACCUCACUGUCUAAUGCAAUGAUGGUAGUGCGAUACUCUGCUGCUGCAUUAUAACCUCUUUAUAAGUUGCAUUUGAUAGUAUGCUUGUCUCUAAAGGGUACUGAUUAUUAUUUUAUUUUUAUCUACAGAACCUGUAAUAAUUAGCCACUGCUGAACAAUAUUUACAUGUACAAAACUGAUUAACUGGUAUUUGUAAUUCUUGCACUGACUGCCAAAGUGUAUAGUUGCAAAAAAAAAAAAUACAAUGACUAGAUGAACGCACAGUGUUACAGUAUUAAGGAAGACAAACUCAAGAUAAUUUGCUGUAAAGUUUCUAACAAAUAACCCAAUUCAUGUACUUUAGUACCAUACCACAAAUUACUACUGUACAGUGGCAGUGUAUGCCAUAUUCUAGCAAAACUGUGAAAAAAUAAUUUUUUUUCAUCAGCAUUUAUUAUACUUGUUCAUUUCUAAUUAAGUUCUUAGUUGCCACCUGACUGUAAACCAGUAGUUGAAGCUAGAAGGUUCUCUCUUAAACAUUUAAAUACCAACAGUGGAUCCUCCUUACCAAUUUAUAACUUGAAUCAAAUUACUGAAGGUCUAUAUGCUCCUUGUUAUAAGAUAGAUGUCUUAGUAGUGUACUUUUCCUUGUAAAGGAUCUUUAAAUCCUUUUAAGUUUGUGAAUAAGUGACACCAUAGCUAUACACUUGCCUAUAAUAUUAUAUGUGUGACCUAAUCAACCUUUUAUAUAAAAUAAUUAACUCUUCAGGUUACCUUGAU